AUGUCGACCCAGUUACAGCGGCCACUUCCCGUCAACGGACCAUCGACGGACCUCUUGCAAGAUUACCGCUCAGCACACGAAGAGGGCAUCACUCCAAUGGAGGAGCCGCCCAAAGAAGUAAUAAUGAAAGGGGACAAUCCUUGCGAUGCUAUCAUUGGGAACUUUGCAUCGUCUACUACCGUUCACGGACUACCACAUAUCUUGAGCUCCACCUCGCUGCGUGCCAAACUGGUCUGGGCUGCGGUGUGCCUGGUCGCAAUCUGCGUGUUCGCAUAUCAGUCCUCCGAACUGAUCCACCUGUAUCUGCGAUUUGAAGUCCGAAUGAAAAUAGAAACUGGUACUGCUGAAAGUCUAUCUUUCCCGGCCGUUACGAUAUGCAACACAAACACGAUCCGCGCAUCAGAGGCCGUACGAAGUGGAUUUGCCGAGGUAGUGAAAACCGAUCCACAACAUCCAGAAAGUAUUCAUCGCAAGCUGAUAUAUAAGACUCCAUGCAUGGACGAAGAUUUCUCGUGCGGUGAUGGCACUUGUAUAAAAAGCCACCUAGUGUGUGACGGCUACUUCCACUGCUGGGAUGGUCUUAGUGACGAAGUAAACUGUACAUAUCAAAAAUGUGGAGUCAACGAAUUUAACUGUGGACAAGCAGGGCUCUACGGUGUUUGUAUCCCCGAAGAACAGCGAUGUGAUGGAACGUACCAUUGUCUUGAAGGGGAGGACGAGCAAAAUUGUCCUUCGUGUCACGGCGAGCAGGCUCAUGCAUGUGAUAACAGCGACGGGGAUUCUAUAAAUAGAUGUAUUCCGCUUAGUAGUGUGUGUGAUCACUUUCCCGACUGUGUUGAUGGUUCGGAUGAGAGAUUAUGUUCGUAUGACGACACAGGUACGUCGGGAGGAUGUUCUACCAGUGUAACAGCAUUGCCUACCACCAUGUCGAUGUUAUACUCACCAGGGUAUCCGUCUGACUACCCCGGGGAUCAACAGUGUACGAUUAACGUGCACUCGCCUGUUACUUACUGUACGUAUAUAAGAUUCUUGGAAAUGGACAUUGCAUGGAGUGCUAACUGUUCAGACGAUUUUCUAGCGCUAGAUGACGUAAUGAAUACCAACAUCAGCCGUAAAUAUUGCGGUCAUAAUACGCCGACAUCUUGGAUAUCCUCCUCAGAUGAAGUGCUCCUACACUUCUCCAGUAACUCUGACGGACUGGCAGGACGAGGGUACCGGCUGGAAUACACGGCAGUGCCUUGUCAAGAUGAUUCCAUGAUGACUUGGGAAACUGGACCCUGGGAAGAGUGUUCUGUAACUUGUGGCAUUGGUACACGAAGUCGCCAAGUUCAAUGUCCUGUUGAUUCGUCGUCGUCACUAUUUGAAUGCCUUAUUCCGGGAUCAAUACCGCCGUCUGAAGAAGUGUGUAACACUCAACCAUGUCCAGACGGGUUGUGUGGGGCCGUGCUUGAACAGUGUUGUGCUGAACUGACGUCACCGGGUUACCCUGACAACUACACUGUCAAUCUGCAUUGUGAGAUUUACAUAAUCAAUUCCGAUGGUUGUGUCGCUAUUAAUUUCAUUGCCAUGGAUAUUAUUGACAGUGAAGAAUGUCAUAAAGACUACUUACUGAUUCAAGAUCUUGACCGUCCAACGCACAGACAGAUCUACUGUGGCAAGAGUAUGGAACGAUGGAAUUCGGUUUCUGGUCGUGUAUUAAUGACCUUCCACAGCGAUAGUUAUAUGGGUGCCGCUGGAUUCAAGGCAACGUACGAGUUUGUACCGUGCGGAACGUGGCAGGUCAUGGCAUGGAGUCAGUGUACGGCGUCGUGUGGGAAUGGUAUGCGAUUCCGACGGGUUUUGUGCUGGAGUCGCUCGCAUAAUGGUGAGAUAGAUGAAAAGUUUUGUUCGGACGUCAAACCAAUUACGUCGGAAAAGUGCAAUGACGUCACAUGUGACGUAGUUGAGGUCACUGAAAUCCCCUACACGGUGAAAAAUUUGUACGAACGUUUCAAAGACCUAGUUGAUGAGUUCAGUGUUUAUCAAGACUUCAUCGAUUCCUACUACACAAAGAACUCCUUUGAUGGGAUCAUGGAAUACCCACCGGAUUGGGUCGGAUUGCUGUCGCGUAGUACGAGCCCUGAUUACAGUGACUUGCAGGAUAUGCUUAAACUCUCUGCAGAGGAAGUUGCUAAGUUUGGUCACCAAGGAGAAGAUUUCAUUUUGAGAUGUACGUUUGAUGAGAAGUACUGCAACUCAAGCCAGUUUAGUGUUUUUCAGAAUGAUAAUUAUGGCAACUGUUAUACGUUCAAUGAUGAAAAGCUCAUUAAUGGGACUAUCCGGCGAUCCUCAAGACCAGGGGCACGAUUUGGUUUGAAGAUCACGUUAUAUUUGGAACAGAAUGAAUACAUACCAAUAUUUGGACAAACGGCCGGGGUUCGUGUUUUGAUUCACCCCCCUGACGUAGCACCAUUCCCAGAAAAUAAUGGAAUCACCGUACCACCGGGCUUCAAGUCAUCGUUUGCAAUACGCAGGUUGCAGUCACUAGUAUAUCAAGAAGUCAAGAUGACAGAACCAAGAACGAAUCUGCAACAACUUACGAAGAAGCGAGGUGCUAACAAAGCGCAGCUAACCAGACAGUUACAGAAAGCGGACGAUACAUCGAAAAAAGACAAACUAGAAGAAACCGACAUCGAACUGCUUCAGUCAACCAUCGAAAACAUUGAAGAACAAAUCAAACUGGUACGUGACCUAGACGAACAAAUACUUGAUCUCGUCGAGGAAGAAAACUACGAAAGACUAUUCACUGAAGCCGACGAUUCACUGAACUCCGCAUCACUCGAUACCAGCGGGUUUUGA